AGAACACGAUUACAAUUUUGCAAAUAAAAAGAGAAUAUAAAUAAAAAAAAAUUUUCGCUUGAAAAAGUUAAGUUAAAAUAAAAAAAAUUAUGGUUUUACAUUGUAAAGUACAUUUAGAUAACCCAAAGAAUAUAUAUGAGCCAGGCGACAAAUUAACCGGCCAUGUGGAGCUGGUAUUGGAAGUACGGCUGCUAAUCAAAGCGGUUGCUAUAAAAUACACAGGAUAUGCGGAGGUCCAAUGGGAAACACUGUUGCCGGUGAAGAAUAUAAAGAAAUCAUUGAAGAGUAAAAAACAAGCCGAUAGACCGGAGCAAGUAGGUCAGGCUGAGGCACCGCCAGAGACGCGUAUAGAGGUUUAUAAUAAUCGCGAAGAGUUUUUAUCCAAUAUCAAUUACUUUGUUGGCUCAGACGAAGCCAGCGCCAGAAUUAUGGAGCGCGCCACAUACACUUACCCAUUCACCGUUUCACUGCCGCAGAGUUGUCCAUCCUCCUUCGAAAGCGUCAACGGCCACAUACGUUAUAUGAUUGAAGUAUUUGUUGAACACAAGAACAAAAAGGAGGUGUGGUAUUCACAACAAUUACACGUACUCAAGCCACUCGACCUGCGUCGGUGUGCGCAAGUGGCGAGUCAACCCUGUGAAGUGCAUGUACAAGAAAACUUGGGUUUGCGCUUAUUUAAGGAGCCACUGAAAAUGUCUGUGAGUUUAGAGCAAGUGGGUUUUGUGCCCGGCGAAGCUAUUUCAAUACAUGUCCAAAUACAAAAUCCGGACAAAUUGCAGCUGCACGAAGUUACCUAUGAAUUGCAACAAAUUAGUUGCAUAACUGCUUCGCAUGGACACAAAAAAUCGAAAACCAGAUAUUUUCAUAACACAUUGGCUAAAGCCGUACAUAAUCUGUCCGGUAUCCGUUAUGUCGGUGUACAACAUUUACAGGUGCUUUACAUGCCCCAAGGUGUAGUGCCCAAUACUGAUAUGUUGGACUGCCGUUGCUUGCAAGUUGGUUAUGAGUUAAAUGUUAAACUUAGCACAGGAAAUAAGAAACGCUCGCUAGCAGCCACAAUACCUAUUACUGUGGGUACCGUAGCGCUGCACACUGCUGAGCCUAUGGCUACUGUGCCACAAAUGGAAACAGACUUUAGUAUGGAAAAAUCUCCGAAAUUUAACGAGGAAUUAGCAACAGACCGUGGACGGAGUAACUAUGCUGGUGCUACAGCUCCCGAGCCUGAGACAACCGCAGAGACAACUGUACAAAGUAGGCCGCCAAUAUCUUUGGCUGCUUCAUCCUUUCGCGAAGCAGAGCAUUUGCCAAAAACUAAAUUCGUUGCCGAACGAAAAAAAUCGAAGCACGAGAAGGAGCAAACCGAUUAUAAGCCAAUAUAUCUUUACUAUGAUAAGGAGCAGACGGCGACCGUACACUGUACAUCUGUCAGUGAUACAAGAUCAACAGUAGUUGCAACCGACCAAAUGGAAAAUGAGGGACAGACAAACAAUCCCUACGCGGGAGUUAUGCAACAGUUGGCAAGAGAGAUGCGAAUACGCAAAACGGUUAUUGAUCAAUCAUUAUAAAAUAUUUACAGUAGCAUAAUUAGAUUUUAACUAAACUUACAUACACACAUUCAUAUAUAAACAUAAAAAGCAUUUUAAAAUGAACUGUAUACGUAAACAAUAAGUAGAAUCAAGUAUUUAUAUAACGGUUGCAGCAUGAAAGUGCAGAAACGUAAAUAAAAUGGAAAAUAUUA